AUGAUUGGUUGUAACGCCGCUGAAGUUGCAAUGCUCUUGACUUGUCUAGACCGUUUGGUGUGUGUGGCGAAGCCUGUGGUGUAAGUUCGCAUAUGCCAGAUUCUUAUAUCGAGCCAUUGCCAACGUUCUAUAUCUCAUAUUUUCUUUUACGUUUUUUUAAAAGUGUGUAGAUUUUUUGUCGCAAGCAAAGGAGACAAUCUAACCUGGUCUGGGCGGAUUAGAAAAAGCCCGGGCCAAUUAGCUGACCAACAGGGCACAUUCGGGCUUUCGCCGGGCCAAGCCUAGGCAAAUUUGAAACCGCCCGAGGACCGGCCUGACCACUUCGUUCUGCGGGCCGGGCUGCAAAAAUCUGCCCGGCCAAAAAAACUGGUAGGAAAUAGUGAAUCGCGCGGUGCACCGCGACAAAAUGUCUACGGACUCUCUUAAAAUCGUAAAGUUAGUCUGUCCGGAAAAUAAUGUGGAUUUUUUGCGCCUUCGAAAUGCCCAUCAUUGCUCUCCGACGGCCUAGCCGCGGCUGGAAAUAUGGUGUGCGACGAAGCGAUCGCGCGUCGUAUAUUUUGCCGCAACAAAUCCACAUUAUUUUCCCGACAGACUGAUAUUUCUAAUGGCUUGAGGUUUGUUCCGAAAACGUCUGACUUUCAGUCAAUACAACGACCUCCAAGUAUCGUACUUUUAGAUACCGCCGAAUUCCUUGUGCCGUCGCCCUGCCAAUGUACAUUCUUCUUUCUGUUGGCUUCGGCGUUUGGGCUAACUACGCAUCCUACCAGAGUAUUCAGUUGAUGCGACACAAUCUCACCGUAUGUACGCUGGCUUCCUGCUAUGGUGAAGCAAUGGCGUCAAUAAUCGGCGCUAAUGGGUUGAUGAAUUUAGCGAUGAUGGGGAUUUACGGCUUGAUUUGGCUGACCGUCAAAAAGAUUUCGAAAAAGAGGGCCUCCGGGAUGCUGCGAUCAAUCGGUGCCGUUACAUUUUGCGUUGUUGGAGGCUGGUUGUUGACAAUGGUGUUGUUCAAGGUCUUCCUCGCUCUUGAGAUCCCGAUUCCAGAUGGCUUAAUCUUGUAUUUUGGGUUGUUUCUCAACAUCUCAAUAGCAUUAAAUUACCCCAUCUACUUUUUUAUGAGGUAUGAAGUGUCUAAAGGCCACAGACGGCUGUAUUUCUAAUUUCAGCACCCAGUAUCGGGCAGCUUUCAAGGAGCAGCUCAACUACCUCUGUUGCCGAGCCAUUUUCAGGACAACGAUUCACGGCGUUUCCAACCACAGCCAAAUAACCCAAACAAACAAGACCAGGCAAACUCAAUAUUCCUCAAAUGAAGGCUAA